UUUAAUUUUAUUUCAAAUAAAGUUUUUUUUUAUAUCGAUAAUAUCGAUAUGAAUGAGAUACUAAAAAUGGAAUGUUUUAACCAAAAAAUAUUUCAGCCAAAUGAUCAUCAUAGCUUUAUUGAGUUUAGUAUGGAUUGCCAGGUUGGACAGAAGUUUAAAGGUGAAGUACAUAUUGUUUAA